AUGGACCGAAACAUCAUUGAGCCAAUCAACUUGAGCAACAAUGAUAAUGUGAAGACUUGUCAGACAUAUGGCAUGAUGCGCGAGUUCAUUUUGCACAUGUCCAUCUCUCAGAACUUCGUUACUUUGUUUUGCAAUGACAAGAUAGAGCCCAAAUACGUUCGUCGGCUUUCUCUCCAUGAUAGCUCUGCUACAGAUGCUGACAGUUUCAACAAUGUUGAUUUAUCACUUGUCCGGUCUCUAGCAAUCUUCGGGAAGGCAAGUCAAACUGUAUUGGACCUCAGCAAGUACCAUCUUCUGCGAGUAUUGGAUCUUGAAAAAUGUGAGGAGUUGAAGGAUGAUCAUGUCAAAGACAUAUGCAACCUGCUGCUUCUAAAAUAUCUGAGCCUUGGGGGUGGUGUUACCACAAUUCCAAGAGAUAUUGUUAAACUGAAACAUUUGGUAUCACUUGAUGUAAGGAGAACAAAGGUACAGAUACUGCAUGUAGAAGUCUUCCAGUUGCCGUCUUUAAUUCACUUAUUUGGGAAGUUUAAGCUUACAGAUAUAGUCAAGCCAAAAAGUGAAGUACAUGAGUUUCUCUCCAAAGGAAAAAGUAACUUAGAAACGCUAGCAGGAUUUGUUACCGACAGAAGUGGAGGGUUCCUGCAUCUUAUGGGUUAUAUGAAUAAACUGAGUAAGGUGAAGAUUUUGUGUGAGUCGCCUGCAGGCUGCGCUGACCAAACUGAUCUUAAGGAGGCCAUUCAGCAGUUCAUUGAGGAUGAAAAGCAGGCAAAUGUUGGUUCUCGCUCUUUAUCGCUUCAUUUCGGCAAAUGCUGUGAAGGGCUCCUGAAUUCCUUAAAAGGACCCUGCUACCUCAGUUCACUGAAAUUGCAUGGCGACUUGGUUGCACUGCCUCAGUUUGUUGUGUCACUUCGGGGCCUCAGGGAGCUAUGCCUUUCGUCUACUAGAUUGACAGCGGGUGUUCUUGAAGCUUUGAGUAAUUUGAGCUACCUGCAGUACUUGAAACUGGUUGCUCAUGACCUUGAGAAAUUCGUCGUAAGAGACCAGGCGUUCUGCAGGCUUCUACGCCUUUCUUUGGAGCUGCAAUGUCCAACUUUCCCCACAAUAGAAGAAGGGGCUCUGCCAUUCCUUGUCACACUCCAGCUGCUCUGUAAAGAUCUGCAUGGCCUUUCUGACCUCAAAAUAGAAUAUCUCAAACAUCUCAAGGAGGUCACUCUUGACCCUAGAGUCACUCCAACAACAAGAGGAACAUGGGAGAAGGCUGCUAGGAAGCAUCCGAACAGGCCAAAGGUUUUGCUGCUCAAAUCUGUUGAUGCAGCACAAAGUGAGCUUGCAGACUACACUAUAGCGUCAGAGCCAGCUGAAAGUGCCAUUCAAGAAACUAGCAUUCCAGCACUACUUAACCAGGGGCUGGUGGCAUCAUCCUCUGCGAUGAGGAAACAGAGCACUUCUGUUUUGAGCAAUAUGGGCCCCUCAGAGGUUUCUUCUGCUUUAACAUGA